GCUAGGCAACACGCUCCGAAGCCAAACUCAGGACGGGCGGAAGCAGGCCUGGCCGGCGGGAACACAAGGCGAACUUUUAAAGGGACCUGUUUGUCUGCGGGGACUGCUGAUGCUGAGGGCCCAGUGGCCCCGAGAGUCGGAUAUCAAGGAGGUAGAGGAGAAACAGGGCUGUGUGACCACUCCCGGAGGGUGCCCAGCCAUGGCCAGACCACCCGCGCCGGGCUCGGUGAUUGUCCCAGACUGGCACGAGAGCCCCGAGGGCAAGGAGUACCUGGCCUGCAUCCUGCGCAAGAACCGCCGGAGGGUGUUUGCUCCCUCCUUGCCCCGAGGGCUGCUCGAGCGACCAGUGCUGCCCCCGCCCUUGGCCAUUGACACAGCCAGCUACAAGAUCUUCGUGUCUGGGAAGAGUGGCGUGGGCAAGACGGCGCUAGUGGCCAAGCUAGCUGGUCUGGAGGUGCCCGUGGUACACCACGAGACCACUGGCAUACAGACCACUGUGGUAUUUUGGCCGGCCAAGCUGCAGACCAGUGAUCGUGUCGUCAUGUUCCGCUUUGAGUUCUGGGACUGCGGGGAGACUGCGCUCAAAAAGUUUGAUCACAUGUUGCCGGCUUGCAAGGAGAAAACAGACGCUUUCCUCUUCCUCUUCUCUUUCACCGACCGUGCCUCCUUUGAAGACCUCCCUGGGCAGUUGGCCCGCAUAACAGGCCUGGGAACUGCCCCUCCUGCGGGUGAAGAGCGUGCCAGGGCGGCGGCUGGCAGAUGGGCGCACGCUGGAUGGGCGGGCUGGGCUGGCCGACAUUGCCCACGUGCUCAAUGGACUGGUGGAGCAGCUGUGGCACCAGGACCAGGUGGCAGCUGGCCUGCUCCCCAACACCCCAGACAACACUCCCAGCUGAGGUGUGGUAGCAUCGUGAGCGGGCACCUGUGAUCCCUGGUCCUGACCCUCAGGUGGCCCAGGACAGAGGGCAGGACCCAGGACCUAGGGCUGGGGCAGGAAUAUUGAUCCCAUCCUAAGGACUGGCCAGAGGGGCCUGAUCAGGGAGGAUGGUGGCCUGCAAAGCCCCCUGCUCCAGCAGCACUUUCCUUGCAGAAUUCAUGGCAAUGAAGUGGGGGCGCAACACUCUGUAGGGCAGUGGUUUGAGGCCCUCUGGGUUUCUCCCUCUGCCCUGGGGGUCUAGGCUCUAGAAAUUGAGGAACUGCAUGGACAGGACCCAGGACUCAAGCAUCUCCCACAAACUCCUGCUGUGCUUCCCCUUCUGCAUCGCCCAGGGAGGUUCACUGGGGAGAGGGGGUGCCCUAGCAGGGCCCUGGACCCCAGGAGCCUGUAUUUGUUGAGAUAACACCAUCUGCUGUACCAGAUAAACCCUGAAAUCUCAGUGACUUAACUCUACAAAGUUUUUUUCUUGCUUAUGUCUCACCUCACAUGGCGGUGAAGGUGGGUAUUGGCACGCCAUGCACUGGUUCAGAGACCCAGGCUGAGCUCUUCAACACGUGGCUUCCUAGGUUGCCCUGGGGCAUCAACAUCCAGUCAGCAGACGGAUGAGUGCAAGUGGAGGGUCAUCCAGGUUUCUGUGGACCCUGGCCUAGGGCAGUGUGCCUCAUUUCUGCCCACAUUGCAUUGGCCGACAUCUAGUCACAUGGUCACAUGGAGCUGCGCAGGA